AUGCAGAAGGACAAAUCGAAAAACGUCCCUGAACAAGGGAAAGAAAGAAAGGAAAAGGUAAGCGGAAAAGCCGAAAAAAGACCCAAAACAAGGGAGAAAAACGCAGACCCACGACCGACAAAAAGGCUAAGAGCCCCUGCAGCAUCCUCCGAAACGAAAUCAGACGAAGGCUUCCAGCGAGUGGAAACCAAGAAAAAUAAAAAACGAGAAGACGUCUGGAAAGAGAAAAAAAAAAAGAAAGAAAACCAGCAGGAAAACCACGCGGACAUGGAAAUGGAAGCGGAAACGUCGUCAAAAGACGACGCACACAGACAAACAGAGGCACCAACCCUCGAAAACAAAAACCCAGACACUUCAGUAUGGCCAAACAUGACAAACAGCGAAGAACAAGUCAUACCGACCCCAGCGAGUUCGGAUUCGAACACUAACACGAAGCAAGGGAACCCAGUCAAUCCACCAUCGAUAGUCGUCCACGACAGCAAAAGGUGGAACGAGAUUUCUAAAGGUCUUGAAGACAAAAAGAUCGGAUGCGACAAAGCAAGGCUGACCAGGGAUGGAAUUUACAUCCACACGAACAACGAGGAGGAGUGGCGUAGAGCGACCCGAUACAUGGAAGAAAGGAAGAUAGACUUCCAUACAUAUUCCAUUAAAAAAGGAAUCCCGCUACACGCAGUGAUUCACGGGAUCCCUGAAAACGUGACGGUGGAGGACGUCACAAGCGACCUGAAAGCACAGGUAUACACUGUGCUCGAAUGUUAA